AUGAAUAUUGAUCAUUCAAAUAGCAGUAAUUCUUGUUAUAGUUUUGAUUUUGAGCUCUACAAUACUGAAAGUUUUAAGCUUGUUCCUUAUGAUAAGUUGAUACAUAAGAAGCCUUUCAAAGGAUUGUUGUUUGAUUCAUUGGACAUUGGUCUUGACUUUUACAAGACUUAUAGUCAAGAAUGUGGUUUUGAUGUGACUAUGUCAAGUCAAAAAAGAUACAAUGAUGGCAUAAUUCGUAUUAGAUAUUCGACAUGUAGAGGAUCUAGUUUCACGGAUGUUAAUGUGAAAUUUUCAGAUGUUAAUAGAAGGAGAACUUCUUUAAGAAGAAUGGAUGCCAUGCUGUUUCAAAGUUCAAAAAUCUCCGAUGUUCUUUAA